GCACCCGCAGAAUGGGUUUAAGACCGUUCCUCUCCGCGUCUCCAAUACCCCGAUCACUUCCCGCCUAGGCAUUCCCUAACUUCAGUCGCAACUCGCAACUUCCAAAGAGCAAAGCCAUACUGAUCCUCAUCUUGGCCAGCCACAGCAAACCGCAGAGAUGCCCGUCACAGAGUUCGACUUCAAAGAGAAGUACCAAUACCAAAAUGGCUUCGAUUGCUAUUUUGAAACCGAGGCUGUCCCGGGCGCCCUCCCCGUAGCGCAGAACUCGCCGCAGAAGCCGCCCCUAGGGCUGUACGCCGAGAAGCUCUCUGGCACCGCCUUCACCGCGCCGCGCCACGAGAACAAGCAGUCCUGGCUGUACCGUAUCCUGCCGGCCUGCUCGCACCCGCCGUUCGCCGCCGCGCCCGCGCCGAACGAGUCGCUCGGCCUGGGCGGCGAGCCCUUCCGGAAGAUGCACCACAUCCCCAACCAGCUGCGCUGGGACCCCUUCGACCACGAGCCGGACAGAGACUUUGUGAGCGGCCUCCACCUCGUCGCCGGCGCGGGGGAUCCGACGCUCAAGCAGGGGUGCGCCAUCUACGUGUUUGCGGCGGGACGGUCGAUGGGCGAGCGCGAGGCGUUCUACUCGGCCGAUGGCGAGCUGCUGAUCGUGCCGCAGGAGGGCGUGCUGGAUGUCCGGACCGAAAUGGGCUGGUUGCUGGUGCGGCCGAUGGAGAUCUGUGUCAUCCCGCGCGGGGUGAGGUAUCAGGUGCGCUUGCCCGCGGGCCCGGCGAGGGGCUAUGCGCUCGAGCUGUUCCAGGGGCGGUUCAUCCUGCCGGAGCUGGGGCCUAUCGGGUCGAAUGGGCUGGCGAACGCGCGGGAUUUCCAGGCGCCGGUGGCGAGCUUUGAUGAGGAUUGUGGGACGACGGCGUUCGAUGGGCCGAAUGAGUACACGGUUACGGGCAAGUUCAACAAUGCGCUGUACAAGACGGUGCAGCGGCAUACGCCGUUUGACGUGGUCGCCUGGCACGGGAAUUAUUACCCGUACAAGUACGACCUGGGCCGCUUCAACACCAUCGGCACCAUCUCGUUUGACCACCCGGACCCCAGCAUCUUCACCGUGCUGUCGGCGCCAUCGGACCACCCUGGCACGUCUAUCGCGGAUUUCGUCAUCUUCCCGCCGAGGUGGCUGGUCGGAGAGGAUACCUUCCGCCCGCCGUGGUACCACCGGAACACGAUGAGCGAAUUCAUGGGACUGAUCCGCGGUGGGUAUGACGCCAAGAAGGGCGGCAAGGGCGGGUUUGUUCCGGGCGGUGCUAGUCUGCACAACGUCAUGAGCGGGCACGGGCCGGACGUCGAUAGCUACGAGGGCGCCCGAAAUGCGGAACUCAAGCCGGCCAAGGUGGGCGAGGGCAGCUGCGCGUUUAUGUUCGAGAGCUGUCUGAUGGUUGGCGUGACGGAUUGGGGCUUGAAGACAUGCCAGAAGGUGCAGGAGACGUAUAACGAGCACAGCUGGGGCGGGGUGAAGGUGCACUGGAAAAAGGAGGCGAGUGCUUAGGGGGGAGGGGUCCUGUCUGCCGGUAUCUGCGUUACCUGUAGCGAGCCAAAAGACGAUGCCGGCUAGCCAUUUAGACCAUCCGGAAAGCGGAACUCUUGCAUCUCAGAUGCAUGGCCGGUUGAUGCGAUCCUUUGACGCCGAAUCGUCCGAUACCACAAGAUAUACUGGGGCCGAGGUCAUGCUUCUUCACUCAGCAUCAUUAUAUUAAGUUUAUAAGAGCCUACAGCUGAGAGCUGACGCUCAGAUGUCGUUCCCAAUCGCGACUCCGCCUCAAGAGAGUCUAUCACGAAAGGUUCACUGGUGAUCCGAAAUAUGCAAUGCCGUCUGUGUGGUUGUUGCUCUGGUGUGUCACGGCGUUGAUGCCUCGUCCAGCGUGCCGCGGGCGCUCCUGAGGGCUCCUGUCCUCUCCACAUCCAACACCUCCAAUUUCGAAGCUGCUCCGGGGAUGCCUCACAAUGCCAGCG